UCCUGAUAUUCUACACGAGAAAGCUUACCUUAAAUUAUGUAUAAAAAUGUAACAGAAAUAACUAUAUCCGUAGACAACGAAGCUACCAAUGAACACCUUGAUGUGGAGCACAAGCAACUGCCCGGAAACGGUGAUUUUAAAAGCAAUUUUUCACUUGACAAAAUUCAAGACGGAAAUAUUGAUGGAGGCUGGGCAUGGAAGGUUUUGGCGGGAGCUACAUUAACAUUUUGUGUUUUUGGAGCUACCAUGAAAGGGUUCGGUGUCUUCUUUAAUGGAUUUAUUGAAAAAUUUAAUGCUAGUUCAGUAGUUACGUCAAUGAUAAGUGGUGUGUUACAUACAACAUAUAGCAUAUGCACACUGCCUGUUCUUACAGUAGGUCUACGGUAUCUGACAACAAGACAGUGUGUAAUAAUAGCAAGUAUUUUGUGCAGUGGAGCUUUUAUUGGUGGAAGUUUUGCUAGUAGCAUAGAAAUUCUUGUAAUAACGAACGGAGUAAUGGCUGGUUUAGCAUUUACUUUUUGCCACGGUCCACUCAUGUAUCUAACUGGGGUUUAUUUCAUGAAACGACGUAAUUUAGCACAAGCUAUAGCAAUAUCUGGAUUUACAUUUGGAGGUUUAAUUUUCCCGCCAAUUUAUAGUUACCUUAUCAAACAUUAUGGACUUCAGGGUGGAAUGUUGAUUACUGGAGGAAUACAGCUGAAUCUAAUAGCUUUUUCUAUGUUUCUUAGACCUAAGACUAUCAGGGAAAAAUUGAAACCGAAAAAUGAAGAAGAUGACAGCGAUUUUAUGCUACCGGAAGCAACUACUUUACUAAAAAAUAACAACAAGACAGAUGUUUUCAAAGAACAAUCACAUACAGGAAGAAAAAGAAGUAUAAGCCUUAGUAUUCCCCAAGCAAGAAUUGAUGAAAAACAAUUAUUUGGGAAUGCUUAUUCAGAACAAUAUUUAGCCACAGGUGACACAGGUUCCUUAACAAAGAUAAUUGACACAUUAUCGAAUUCAAAUAUAUCACGUGUUUUGAGUGAAUGUACUUUCAGCAUAUCUUUACUCGACUUUCGUGACAAAACUGUUUCAAAUGACUCAAAACAAAGUAUCGAAAAAGAUUGCAGUUGUAAAAAUAAUUUGGUUGAUUGCAGUCUUUUUAAGAAACCGUUCAUGUGGAUAUACGCUUUGGUUUAUUGUUUCGGAAGAGUGCCGGCAGCCUAUCUCAGCAUCUUUAUAGCACCGUUGGCAAGAGAAAUGAACACUGAUAAUUCUAGAGUCGCUGUUCUUGUUGCACUGGUUAAUGCAUGUGACUUUGUUGGAAUGGUAAUGUGUGGCAUUAUAACUGACAGGAAAAUAAUAAAAAAUCACGUAGCCGUUAUACUUACACUUAGCUUAACCAGUGUUUGCUUGAUGUUGACACCGCUUUGUAAAGAGUUCUGGCAUUUUGUACUCCUCUGUAUUGUAAGCGGAAUUGGUGCAGGAGGGAUAUUCGCUCUGACUCCAACAGUUUUGAUAGAUUUCUUAGGACUUGAAAACUUCAGAUCUGCUAUGGGGAUUCUAGUAUUAUUACAAGGAGUCAGCUUAGGAAUGUCAGCUCCUUUCAUGGGAUUUUUAAGAGACGUUACAGGUACCUACGUCACAUCAUUUUACUUCAUGGCAGGUUGUAACUUUUUGGCAGCGAUAGUCUUUGUGAUUGGUCUUUACAUUAUACGUAGAAGCAAUGAAGGAAAAUAAACAAAUAUCUAGUUA